AUGAAACUAAGCCAUGAAACGGUGACAAUCGAACUAAAAAAUGGAACAGUUGUUCAUGGAACUAUCACAGGUGAGUAUGAAUGUAGCUAGAGCGCGAUAUGCGUCUGUUUAUUUUCUGCAGAGGCAAAUAGCAAAGACAUGUUCUUAGGUUGAUCAGGAAGCUUACAUUAAUCAUAUGUAGACAACGUGGAUUGAGCCUCAAUCUCCUAUUAGCUUGUAUAAAUCUAAAUACAUGUUCGCUUUUAAGUUAAUUUUAACUCUCCUUAGCUCAGAUACCUUGAUUAAGCUGGCGGAUCGUUUCCAGAGAUAAAUUUUACUAGUCAUGUUUACGUGGGAAAGUUGUUGCCUAAGCUGAGUUUCCAAUGCCUGGCAUGGUUUUUAUCUUUGUUUGGGUCAUGACCUCAGCAAUAUCAUGAAAUUUUCCUUCUUACAAGCUUCAGAAUUAUUAACGUUUUCUCUGAAGUUCCCGUGCAAGGAGACAUUUUCCUUAGUAACUGUUGUACGGGUGUCAUAAGUUAUCAAACAACAGACACAAUGAUAUUUGUGGUUUGAUGGUCCAGUAAUGUGGUGGGCCAAUUUCUCUAGUCAUUUGGUAAGCUGGGGUUUCAAGAUCCAUCCUGGUUAAGGUGCUGGACUUGUUAUCUGGUGGUCCUGGGAUCAAGUCUUCCAUCCUUGGCCACCCCAAGUUCAACUCCUCCACUGUGCAGUGUGGAUAACUAACUGCCUGCCUCCUACCUGUUGGAUUUUCGAGAACUUUAUGUAUAUUUGCAAUAUUUGUUUUUCCCUCCAUCAUGUUUUAAAGUGCUUAAAGUGCUAUAUAAAUUGUGAAUUUAUUUAUCUAAUUUUUUUAUCUGUGAACGUGGUUAGUGCUAUCAGCCAAAUAUUGAAGAGAGAGUUCGUCUUAGAGGUUGUUUGUAGGUUUGAAAAAUACAGUUUUGCUGGGUUGAUUGACUGAUGUGUUGCAACUGUUUCUAGUGCCCAUACCAGGACCAUGUAUCUUAAAAAUCAACCACCACUUGUGGGUUCAAACUAGUAAUUUUGAUGAGAUGUUGUUUUUUCCCUAUAACUGUAGGUGUGGAUAUGAGUAUGAACACACACUUGAAGGCUGUGAAAAUGACUAUAAAGCACAAGGAACCAGUACAGUUAGAGUCACUGAGCAUCAGGGGCAAUAAUAUUCGCUACUUCAUUCUCCCAGAAAGCUUACCAUUAGACACACUUUUAGUUGAUGAUGCUCCCAAAGCUAAGGCUAAAAAGAAGGAAGCAGGUAUGUUCUUGUUGUUUUAUUACUUUACAUUCCUUUUGUUUAGUGGUAUUUGUAACAGCCAUUCUAGGACUAAUUCUUAUGUUAUACUGCAUUAAAGAGAAAGGCUAUGAGAAUUUAUGUUCCCCGCAUUUUGCAGUGAAAGCUAGUCAUAUAAAUUUGUUAAUUUUUUUUUGUACCAUGGAUAUUUAUUUCUGGUCCAAACAAUGUUGCUUUAAAUACACAAGUAAAUGAGAAGUUAGGAGGAAAGAAAAAUGAGGUCUGCAUCUCUAUAUUGAAGUGCAGAUCUGAUUUUGGAAUGUGAAGGUUAGAAAAAAGCUUUUAACUUGCUAUAUUUGCUUUUAAUAGCUGCCAGAGGAAGAGGUCGUGCCACUAGUGGGAGAGGCAGAGGGCGUGGCAGAGGCAGGGGUAGAGGAAGAAGAUGA